AGUUCAGGAAGUAGCUUUCUGCAGCUGGUAGUGUUUAUGCCAGGAAGUUUUAGCCAAUGUUUCGGGUUUUUCGGGCGGAUAAAACACAGCUAAAACAGAUUUUUCUGUUCAGUAGAAAAAUGUCUAAAAUACCUACUGAAUGUGGCACGAUAGAUGUUAAAAACAGUGGCGACAACAGGUCGGUUCAUUCGGACACCAUCCAGGAGGUUCACAACGUUCCUAUGCAGGUAAUCAUCAGACCGUUUCCCUCGGAGCUGAACGAGCAGAAAGUCCAGAGUCUGAUGGAUACCAUUAAGGAGACGCCAGACAUCAGCGUUGUUCCUCCUAUUGAUGUUCUCUGGAUCAAAGGCAGCGAGGGAGGAAAUUACUACUACUCCUUCGGAGGCUGUCACAGGUUUGCUGCCUAUCAGAGGCUUCACAUGCCAACCAUCCCAGCCAAACUCAUCAGAUCAAACAUCUCAGACCUCAGGACUUACUUGGGGGCUUCAACGCCCGAUCUACGAUAAUCUUUUGGACUUUUUCUUGUUUUGACUCGCUAUAUCAGAAGUGUCCAACUCCAGUCCUCAAUUGAAUUAUGAAGUUCUGCAGAUUUCUAGUAGUGAGCCACUCAUUUCAUCUAAGUUACAUGUGUAAAACUCGAGGCUCGUGGGCAAAAUCUGGUCCGCCGCAGCUUCUUAUCUAGAUUCCAGAGGGACAUAUGAAUAGAAACUUCAAGAUAACAGUUGUGUGAUUAAAUAUUAUUUUAUAAUCAAAUCACUGUCAAAUUACAUCAGUGAGUUCCUCCAGUUUUUUGCGACUCUGCAAUUGCGUAAAUCCAACAAAUGCCUGCAAUUUUUCACGUUAAUAUAAAAUUGUGGGUUUAUUGCAAAUUUUCCRCUAAAGUCAAAAACAUUGUGUUAACGUGACGCUAACUCCCACCAGAAGGUGGCAGUAUGUCUUCCUCAUACCACACUUCUCCCUCAGCCUUACUUUAUGUACAAGUUAUAGUCCAUGAUUGAUAUGACGUGUAACAAAAAGACAAAUUUACCUUCAGAUAAGCAAAAAAGAAAAAUUACAAAAUUCCUUGCAGAUAUUUCUAAAUUGGCUCCACAUAAAUGUCUGUGGAGUUUUUUUUUUAUCACAAAAACAAUUAUGAAAUCCAGGAGGGACUAAUCAGUGUGAAAAGAUACUCAAGAACUUAUUUAAUGCAGACAAACUAUUUAUUAAUAUUUUAGCAGUUAAUGGGCUUAGCCUAUAUAUCCUGACACAACUGGCUGUUUAAGAGAUGGAGGUUUCAAAAUGACUUUGAAACCCCUGAUUUAGAUGUUUUCAAUCAUUAUAAUAUGUAAAAUGCUUAUGACUCCAGACUUUGUCACAUCACUGCUGUUUGCUCAGGAGGAUCAUACCGUGACUGCCAGCUGCAGCAGGUGAUUGCAAUGCACAGGAUUUACCAGCAGGGGGAAACAAAGCUCUGGACUUACACACAUUCCUCAUGUCAAAUCGCUGCAUGUUUAAAUGUUUAGUUUUAUUAAUCAGAUACUUCCUUCUUAAAUUUUGCAUAAGAAACUGAAUCCAUGAUUCAUCAUGUGGUUGAUUGUUUUUCUGUUGUGGCAGGUUAAGCUGUUGUAGUUGUGAAUUUAUUUAAAUAAAGAAGAAAAUAUAUUGUUUUUUUUCUUUUAUUUACCUUCAUUUGACUUAAAUAAAGUAUAGAUUUACAAACAGA